UGAAAUAGAAAUUGUCAUAAUUGUCAUAAAUGUUAGUCCUUCAAAAAGUACAAGAAAACCAAAAUUUAUAAAAUCGUAUGCUUCCUGCCACAUUAUCCCAACAAAAUGAACUCAGAAUACGAUGAAUCUGGAGAUACGAUAAUAUUCACAACAACUAAUGUUUACGAAAUGAGUCCUCUACUCAGCAUAAUGAACGCCAUGAUACUUGAGACUUGUAGAGAUGAAGUAGACCUUGUUAAUUCUUCUUGUCGAAAAGUACUAAAUGAGAGCCAACCAAUUACUUACAUGCCAAUAGAAAAGAGAUUUGGAUUUUCCGAUGAGGUUAUUUUCGAACAAAAUAUGAAGAUUAAAUUGGGCAGUGUUUGGACAGAUUUGACAAGAUUGGAUCGCAUUUUAACAAUGCUUAAAGACGUGUUGGAAUAUGGCAUUUCAGAUUUAUUGCAAAAUAAAUCUUAUCAAAUGUUGUAUCAAGCAGUAGAAGACAUAAGUGAAAUGAAAAUGGAUGAAUUCAAACUGUUUUCGACUUACGAGAAUAAUUAUGAUAUGAAUAACAAACUUACUGAAGAAGCUCAAACAAAUAAAUUGGAAGCCCUGGGUCUUAUUAAAGAUGUAGAAAACAAUAUUUUCCAUAUGAAAAAGCAUAUGGAAGCUUUUUUACAGGAAGCUGGUGUGAAAUAUUCCACUAUAGUAAAUUGGCAAAAAAGUAGAUAUGAACAGAACCAUUACCAGCAAAAACUUAAGGAAAGAAUACAAGAACAAUCUAUCGCAAAUAAGAAAAAAUUAAUGGAAGACGAAAAAAUCGCCAAUAGUGAGAUGCACAAAUUUUAUGUGGAAUACAUGAAAGAUCUCAAAGCAGACAUAGUAAAAUGGAUGACAAAAUACGAUGAAGACUUGGAUGCUAAGGAUAUUGCCAUAAUGAAACAAAGAAUCCAAGUCGAGGAAAUGCAAACUCAACUAAAAGAUCUAGAAUUGAAAAUGCAAGCUCGGGAAAAAGAAAUACUUGAUUGGAUUGAAAAAAGAGACCAACUAUUGUUGAAAGCUUUAAAUGAAAUUAUUCGAAAAUGGGCUACAAUCAAGAUUCAGCGAUGGUGGAGGAUUAUUUACCAAAAUAUAUUGGAGAAAAGAAAGAAGGCUUCCAAAAAAAACCGAAAGAAGAAAAAGAAGAAAACAUGAAACUUUAAUAUAUGUAUUUUAUGUAUACCCACUUGUUGAUAGUUGAAUUAAGCCUAUUCUCAAUAUUUUCUUAUAGAUUUUGAGUUCUAUAAUUUGAUUAUACAUUAUAUCAAUCAAUAUAGUA